AUGAUCAACUGGCGGGCUCUGGACAACGUGCCUUUACUGUUCUACAUCCUUGCAGCGAAGACCCUGCUGUUAUGUUUGGGUUUUGCUGCAGUCAAGAUGUACCAGAGUAAGAAGGCAGAGGAGGCCUUGAAGAAACAGAUGGAAAUGAAAAGAAAACUGGCUCAACAAACACAGGAGCUCAUUGACAACAAGAAGGAAGACUGA